CAAGGACUUUGGCGGGCGGCCGACGACGGAAAGUGACGCUGUAGCUCCGCAAUCUGCCCCUCUUUCCCCGCCAACACUCGCGCUCACUCUCUCUCUCUCUCUCUCUUUCGCUGCGCUCAGUCCACAAGACACGAGCGCGCGCGUGGACGACUGGACGCGUGCUGCAGCAUCAGCACGAGACUCGCAUCGCCGCAGACCAGGCCAGCAGCCUUUUCACCCAGACGUCGACGCCGACGCUUGAAAUACGAGGACGGACAGGUAUCCAUCCGGAGAUUAAGCUCGUAGUGGUAGCAUAGUAGCGUAACAUGCCGUCCGACGCCAAGAAGAAGCAGCAGCAGAAGAAGAAGGAGGCUGCGAAGGCAAGGCAAUCCGGUAAGAAGCCCACGCAGACCGGACAGCGCAACGAGGAGGACGGCUCCAUCAAGGAGGACAGCCCUACACCCGGACAGGAUAGAAGACAGAACGGAACCAAUGGAACCGUCGCGCUCAGUGAAGAGGAAGCGCUGUGUGCGAAACUCGAGGCUGACGCCAGGCUGAACGCGGAGGCUCGCGCCUGCACGGGUUCGCUGGCCUCCCACCCGCGUAGUCGUGACAUCAAGAUCUCCAACUUCUCGGUCACCUUCCAUGGCUGCGAGCUCAUGCAGGACACGAUGCUCGAGCUUAAUUGUGGCCGGCGCUACGGUCUGCUCGGUCUCAACGGCUCCGGCAAGUCAACUCUGCUCUCGGUUCUUGGCAACCGCGAAGUACCCAUCCCCGAUGCCAUCGACAUCUUCCACCUGACCAGGGAGAUGCCCGCCAGCAACAAAACUGCCCUGCAGUGCGUCAUGGAGGUCGACGAGGAGCGAGUCAGACUCGAGAAACUCGCCGAGGAACUUGUCGACUGUCCCGAAGAGGACGCUCAGGAGCAACUCAUGGACGUUUACGAAAGAUUAGACGACAUGAGCGCUGAUACAGCGGAAGCGCGCGCCGCUGGUAUACUGCACGGUCUUGGAUUCACUUCCAAAAUGCAGCAGACACCCACUAGAGAUUUCUCAGGAGGUUGGAGAAUGCGUAUCGCUCUUGCUAGAGCUCUGUACGUGAAACCGCAUUUACUUCUACUCGAUGAACCCACAAAUCAUCUUGAUCUUGAUGCCUGUGUAUGGUUGGAAGAAGAGUUGAAGACGUAUAAACGAAUUUUAGUUAUCAUAUCCCAUUCGCAAGAUUUCCUCAAUGGUAUCUGCACAAAUAUCAUUCAUCUUCACAAAAAGCAACUAAAGUAUUAUACUGGAAAUUACGAGGCGUUCGUCAAGACGAGGAUGGAACUGUUGGAGAACCAGGCUAAGCAGUACAACUGGGAACAGGAUCAAAUCGCCCACAUGAAGAAUUACAUUGCUCGAUUUGGUCACGGUUCCGCCAAGUUGGCUCGUCAAGCUCAAUCUAAGGAAAAGACUUUGGCAAAAAUGGUUGCUCAAGGACUCACAGAAAAGGUUACGAGUGACAAAAUUUUGAACUUCUAUUUCCCAUCAUGUGGAACGAUUCCGCCGCCCGUCAUUAUGGUCCAGAACGUUAGUUUCCGGUACAGUGACGAUGGUCCUUGGAUUUACAAAAAUCUAGAAUUCGGUAUCGAUUUAGAUACUAGGCUGGCUCUUGUAGGUCCUAAUGGAGCUGGUAAGAGUACUCUAUUGAAGCUUCUGUAUGGUGACUUGGUGCCAUCAAGCGGUAUGAUUAGAAAAAAUAGCCAUCUUCGAAUUGGAAGGUAUCAUCAGCAUUUGCACGAACUUCUUGAUUUAGAUAUGUCUCCACUAGAUUAUAUGAUGAAAGCUUUCCCGGAUGUCAAGGAACGCGAAGAGAUGCGUAAAAUCAUUGGCCGAUACGGAUUAACGGGAAGACAGCAGGUCUGCCCUAUCCGUCAAUUGUCCGACGGACAAAGAUGUCGCGUUGUGUUUGCAUGGCUGGCCUGGCAAGUUCCUCAUCUGCUGUUGAUGGACGAACCUACGAAUCACUUGGAUAUGGAAACCAUUGACGCCUUAGCAGACGCAAUCAAUGAAUUUGAUGGUGGAAUGGUGCUAGUUUCUCACGAUUUCAGACUGAUAAACCAGGUGGCUGAAGAAAUUUGGGUGUGUGAGAAUGGAACUGUCACCAAAUGGCAGGGCAAUAUUCUCGACUACAAGGAGCAUCUGAAGACUAAGGUUCUCAAAGAUAAUCAAAAGCGCGCAAAGGACAUGGGCCGACAGAAAUAGUUCAAUCGACGAUUUUCGAAUUCUUGCGACAAACAAUGUAACCUUUCCACACACCUGAAGGAUUGCCUCGAGAUUUUAAAUGAGAAAACUAAAUGAAAAUGAUAAAUUUAAUGAACUUUCGCUGCUGUGUAGCGACAAGCUGAUUCCAACAAUAGCUAAUUUAUUAAACUAAUAUAAAUAAUUAAGUGCGAUCUAUACUGAGUGAUUGCUGAAUGUCGGUAACUUUCACAAUUAAUUUAGAAACGUGAUAAAAUUGGUUCGAUCCAGUACAUGGAUGUGAAAAAUAAAGUGAAAAAAAGUUGAUUGCAAUAAUUAAAAUAGUUACAUUUUUAUUUGAAAAUUUUAUAUAAUUGAACUUUGUCAUAAAAUAUAACUGCACGAACUUUAUAAUAAAAAUCAUGUGUCAAGUGUAUUACUGGUAUAAUACAUACGAUUUUUGGUGUCGAAAAAAUAGAUUAAUUUUGAUGGUGUGAAGCGACACCUUGAGAUUCUGAAGAAUCUCAUAAAAUUAAAUACCUUUAAUCACAAAAAAAAUGACUAACUCCACAUUGUAGAAUAUAAUACUUGAAAAAUCUAUUUACACAUCCGCAAAUAUUUUCUUUGUCAAAUUCAAUGCGAAUAUUGCGUAAAAAUACUUCCGUCGUUCGGUAAAAUACUAUGAAAGUGUAACACGCCGUACGCCUCUCUAUCUCGAAAAUAUUAAAUCUGCAUAUAUAAUUUUAACAAUAACAAAUAACUGCUUAUAUAAAAUACUGCUUAGAGAUUACUGAAAAAUAUCUUAGAAUCUAACUUUCACACCGGAGUGGAAGCCGGAAUGGAACAGGCUGCCUCCUGGACCAGGGCCGCGUUUCUCAGUAUCAGCAGAUGCGAGUCUAUGUCGUUGAGGGUCUGAUCGAUGAAGGUGAGCUUGCGAGCUUGGCUCUUGGGCACUCUGUGCUUUGUGACCAGAGCCAGGUGAGUGACAGCUAGAACGAGGGCCGCGACUCUUGCCGAGCCUUGCGUCCAGUGGCGGGUACAUACUGCGAACCACGUCGUCGACUCGCGGCGGUAUGCGCCUCGCGACCUGCAGCGAGGAAAAUUAACGAUUGUAUACUCUUGUGACGAGUUGUUAUUGUUGAAAGUAGUCGCGCGCGCAGUGAUCACGAUACAUGAGAAUUGUUUGUAACUGUGUAAUAAAUAUUUUACAUAUCUUUGUCAUUGAACAAAAA